AUGGUAGCAUUAACGAUGAAAUUAUCAAUGAAACUCGCGCUAUUAGAGCUUCUUUUGAUGAGUUUAAGCAUUAUCCCAUCUUAUGGUGUUCUUCAGGUGGGCUUCUAUAAUGGAAAAUGUAACACCACAAAUGUCGAGAAAAUAGUUUCUAAGGUUGUUAAGAAGCAUUUCAUCAGGGACAGGUUCAUCACAGCUGCCCUUGUUCGCAUGCAAUUUCAUGAUUGCUUUGUUCAUGGAUGUGAUGCUUCCAUCUUAAUUGAUGGAAAUCAAACUGAGAAGGAUGCUCUUUCUAAUGGAAGUGUCAAAGGUUUUGAAGUUAUUGAUGAGGCAAAGGCCACUUUGGAGAAAAUCUGUCCUGGAGUGGUCUCUUGUGCUGAUAUUAUUGUUAUAGCUGCUAGAGUAUCAGUUUUCUUGGAUGGAGGAAAAUGGUACCAUGUCCAAACAGGAAGAAGAGAUGGUCUCAUUUCACAAGCAAGUGAUGUCGAUCUCCCUUCACCAUAUCUAUCAAUAUCUGAAACAAUUCAAGCAUUUGCUAAGAAAGGACUAAGCAUCCAGGACAUGGUUCUUCUUUUAGGUGGUCAUAGUGUGGGAAUGACGCACUGUACUUUCAUCCAAGAUCGUCUCUACAACUUCCAACACAGCGGGAAAACUGAUCAAACUAUGAAUCCAACUCUAGCACAAUUUUUGAAAAGGAGAUGCCCUAAGGACAAAAUUGGCCAAGUAUUAAUCCCAUUGAACUCCAAGACCAAUAAUGUUAAUCUCAUAGACAACUCUUUUUAUAAGCAAAUAUUGGUAGGAAGAGGUAUACUUCAAAUAGACCAAGAAAUAGCGCUUGAUUCUAGGACUAGUGACUUUGUUAAGGAGCUAGCAAAGAACAACAAUACUUUCCUAGCUAAAUUUGGUGAAGCUAUGGUUAAGAUGGGUGCAAUUGAAGUGCUUACUGGUGAACAAGGAGAGAUUAGAAGGUCUUGCAAUUCUAGCCUUAGGUAAGCAAAUGGAAUGGUGCAGGAUUACAAAAGUGGAUCUACAACAGGUUCGACAAGCUUAUGAAUCCGCAACUUUUUGUACAAAAAAUAGUUUUCCCUGUAUCUCUUUUUAAUUUUGUACUUUUACUUGAUGUCAAAAAAAAAAGGUCUUGCAAUUCUUUAACUUAUAAGCGAUGAGCUUAGAGAUGUUUUACAUUUGCAAAUUGAAUGUAUUUUUGGGUUCAUGAGAAUGUUUAUUGAGGUUAUCUUUAGCUCAUGAAUGUUCGUACUCAAAUUUGUUUUCCUUUAUUUGA